AACGAGUAAUAAAGGCGCUGGAGUGAACUUCAGUAUCCAGGUUCACUGAUUAUUAUAUAUUAUUAUAUGCAUAAUUCAUGAGGCGAUUGUUCACAGUUGGCGCGUCCCCGCUGCUGAGCAACAAGAUGGCGGCCGCCGCCGGAUCAGGCGUGAAAGUCCCCCGUAACUUCCGGCUGCUGGAGGAGCUCGAGGAGGGUCAGAAGGGUGUUGGAGAUGGGACGGUGAGCUGGGGUUUGGAGGAUGACGAGGACAUGACCCUCACACGCUGGAGAGGAAUGAUCAUCGGACCCCCUAGGACCAUCUACGAGAACAGGAUGUACAGCCUAAGAGUAGAAUGUGGACCAAGAUACCCAGAAACGCCUCCUUUUGUUCGUUUCGUGACAAAGAUCAACUUGAACGGAGUGCACAACUCAAACGGUGUGGUGGACAUGCGAGCUGUAUCCUCACUGGCCAAGUGGCAGAACUCGUACAGCAUCCGCGUGGUCCUGCAGGAGCUGCGACGACUCAUGAUGUGCAAAGAGAACAUGAAGCUGCCGCAGCCUCCCGAAGGACAGAUCUACAGCAACUGAGCUCCUUCAUCCUCUCUACCUUCAUCCAGAAAACAUUCACACACGCAAGGCUGAGCAUUCCUCCUCCUCCUCCUCCUCCUCCUCCUCCUCCUCUGGACUCAUGAGAAUCCCUCCCUGUUCUCCUCUCUGUUCCUGACCACUCCCCAUGUGCUGCAGCAACCAAUGAGCAGUCCUGCUUCAGGAGCUCCCAUUGGACAGAAACGAUGGAUGUAGUGGUGUGCACAGCAGAAUACUGUACAUCAUUCUAAUCUUUUUUUAAAUGUUUAUUUGUUAUACAUGCAAAUUGUAAAAAUAACAAAUGAUCUUAUUGAGUGUAAUUCGCGUGCCCUCAUUUGAGAAUCUGUGCUAUCAUGUAACAUGCUGUGUGGUGGGAAUAUUAAGAUUUGAUCUCUUUUUCCAUCUUUCUCUAGCCUUGGAGUCGACAGUCUCGACUGUUUGAUCCGUGGCUUCUAGCCUGUCCAGUCGAGGUCGAAUCUCGAACGGUGUCUCAUUACUUCCUUCGGGCUCUCAGCUUUAGGUCACUUCGGUUAGUCGAAAGUUGAAAGCCAAAUAAUGACAAGCUCAAUAAUAGAAAAUGUUUACAACAGCAAAGACGAAGUGUGCGGUUUGUAUUUUAUUGAUAUGCUGAGAAAACAACAAGACGGAUGCAUUGUAUGUUCUAUCGAGCUGAUGAGAGCUUUGACACCAUGGACGUUAUGAAUGCAUUUUAUGGAUCGGUACCUUCUGGACCAAUCGGGUGAAUGGUUAAUUAAUAAUAAAUCGGUUGCAUUUUA